AAAUUCUUUGACGUCAAAGCAUAUUGCAGCUUUUUCCAUAAAAUGGAAGGAGGAGAGAGCUUACUAGACACACUUUUCGAUGAGGAAAGCUUCGAGGAUGCACGGGAUGUUGAAAUGAUUGAUGCCGAAGAAGGUGAAUUAGUCGAAAUGGUUUCAAAAAAUGAAGCUAGAGAAAAACUCGAUGUUGAUGGUAAUCAAAUAAGUCAAGAAACUAGCAGGAGAAAGAGUAGGAAUAAGAAGAAGAAAAACAAACGAAAGAGGAGUAGUAGCACGGGUCCAAGUGUAACUAACAUCAGCAGGUUUGUGAUGGAUGCAUGCAAGCGAUUGAAAGAGAGAAAGCAUUAUCUUAUGUGGACUGCUGUAGGUUGUCUUGGUGUAUCAGCUUUGAGUGAUCUUGUUAAAGAGGUUGAUGCAAUUCAGGCUUGCGGGGGUCAAAAGACGGCUGAUGGCAGCCGUCACCGAAACGGUGGUGGCAUAUUAUGGAACAUCAUCAAAGCACGCGACCCGAAUGCUUACAAAGAGAUCAUGACAAAAGGGAAAGAGUUUGAGAAGCAAAUGAAGCAGCCAGGAUUGAAGCGGCAGAGUGAAGGUUCUUCUCAAAAGGACGAGCAGGUGACCUGUGACCCAUCACAUGGUGUGGAGGUUGAGGAGGUGAAGGGACAAUUGAAAUGUGGGUCGGUUCAUGAUCGUAUAAGAGUGCCCGUCUCAUAUGAUGAUUUGCUUGGUGAAGUAGGCCCUGAAGAUACAGAUGCCUAACGAGACUAUGCAUGAGAUGGUCACCUUUUUUUUUUUAACCUUAUGAUGUCUCGUGGACUUUUUGGCGCUUUUGAUUAAGUAUUGCCCUUUUUUCUUGUCAAAUGGAAAAUGCCAAGACCUGAAAAUCUUUUUCGAAAUUAUACUAUUAGUCGCAUAGCAUUUCUCCAAUCAUAAAGUAAUGUAUCUUAUGUUUCAACACGAAAAAUCAAGCAGUUGUCCGCCUAAACUUUGUAAAGAGAAGAUGAAAAAUUGGAAAAGAUGGAAUUCCGAUUUGUAGAGAAAAGGAGACAAUUAAAUCAUUAUCAUGUCAUUUUUCAAAGUCACGCGAACUUCUCUAUUACGGAGUUG